AUGAGGCAGGGUCUCCUGCCCUUUGGGCUCGGGCUGGCUCUGCUGGAGGCCCAGGCGGCCACCGGGGGCCGCACGGACCCCGGGCAGGGCCAGCUGCUCCUCGUGUCUGAGGCCCUGCAGCAGGCCUGGUGGGCCUGGAGCGGAAGGAGAAGCUGCUGGCCGCUGAGCGCGCCGUCACCGGGGCACUGGGCUGGAGCUGCGGAGGCCCAGCUGGCCACGGGGGGCCUGGUGGACCCCAUCCAGGGCGUGCGCGUGGCCCCUGAGCUGGCCUGCCAGCAAAGCCUCUUGGCCCAGGAGACAUGGUGUGGGUUGCUGGAGCUUGGGCCCGGCUCAAGUGCCCCAGGCUUCCUGGACCCCAACACGCUGGAGCAGCUGCCAUACCGGGAGCUGCUAGGCAGGUGUGUGCGGGCCCCCAGCACGGGGCUGGGCCUGCUGCCCCUCAAGGUCACUUUCCGUGCGCUGAGUGGGGCACUGAGCUUGGCCGAGCUGCUGGAGGCGGGGGUCCUGGACGGGGAGACGGCCCGAGGCCUGCGGGAGGGCAGGCUGGCGGUGCCGGAUGUGGGUGCACGCACCGAGGUGCAGCGCCACCUGCAGGGCACCGGCGGUGUGGCAGGGGUCGUCCUGCUGCCUGCAGGGCACAAGAAGAGCUUCUUCCAGGCCACGGCCGAGCACCUGCUCCCCAUGGGCGCCACGCUUCCGGUCCUGGAGGCUCAGGAUGCCACCUGCAUGCUGGUGGACCCAGCCACCGGCCGGCAGCUGUGGGUGGACGAGGCGGUCAGGGCAGGCCUGUUUGGACCAGAGCUCCACAGGCAGCUCCUGGCAGCAGAGCAGGUGGUGACGGGGUAUCAUGACCCCUUCAGUGGCACCCGAAUCCCCCUAUUCCAGGCCAUGAAGAGGGAGCUGGUGGACCGGCCUCUGGCGCUGAGGCUCCUGGUUGCCCAGCUGGCCACAGGCGGGCUAGUGUGUCCUGCCCACAGGCUCCGGCUGCCCUUGGAGGCCACCCUGCACAGACGGGACUGGCCUUCCCGCCCAGCUCAGUGGGGAGCCCUGGAGAGGAGCCACAGGGGCCCCCGUUCACUGAGCACAGCACCCGGCAGGCCUGAGAGCCGCCGUGGCCACCGUCUCCACGGGCACGUUCCAGGGCCGGCCCGUGUCGCUCUGGGAGCCGCUGUUCUCCGAGGCAGUCCCCGUGGAGCAGAGGGUGACGCUGAGCCAGCAGCACAAGGACGGGGCCCUCUUGGCGGAGGAGCUGGCGGCUGCGCUGAGGGCCGCCCACAAGCAGGCUGCCGCCACUGCCAGGACCACCUUUGCUGGGUGAGGAUCCCCGUGACUCCAGGAGAGCUGCUGAGAGCGGAGAUCAUCAACCAGGGCGUGUACGAGCAGCUGGAACGAGGCCGGACCAUGGCCCAGGACGUGGGCAGCCUGGCCUCGGUGCAGAGGUACUUGCGAGGCACCGGCUGCAUCGCCGGCUUGCUGCUGCCCGGCUCCCAGGAGCCCCUCAGCAUCCACGAGGCUUGUAGGAAGGGGCUUCUCAGGCCUGGCACGGCCCUCACCCUCCUGGAGGCGCAAGCAGCCACUGGUUUCAUCACUGAAAGAAAACGAGGGGUUUCGGUGGAGGAGGCACUGAGGGCUGGUGUCAUUGGGCCCGACGUGUUCGCGAGGCUGCUGUCGGCUGAGCGCACCGUGACCGGCUACACCGACCCCUACACCGGGGAGCAGAUCUCUCUCUUCCAGGCCGUGAAGAAGGACCUCACCGUCCGGGAGCACGGCAUCUGCCUGCUGGAGGCCCAGAUCGCCACGGGCGGCGUCAUUGACCCCGUGCACAGCCGCCGCCUGCCCGUGGACGUGGCCUACCGGCGCGGCUACUUCGAUGAGGAGAUGAACCACGUCCUGGAGGACCCGAGCGACGACACCAAGGGCUUCUUCGACCCCAACCUGCAGCUGCUGGAGUGCUGUGUGCGCGACCCCAACACAGGGCUCUACGUGCUGCAAGUCGUAAAGAAAGGAGAAACCUACAUGUAUGUCGAUGAAGCCACAAGGCAAGCCCUGCAAUCCAAAACUACCAGAAUGCACGUGGGGAGGUUUGCCGAUCAGAGGGUCUCCUUCUGGGACCUGCUGUCCUCUCCAUACUUCACAGAGAAAAGGAAGAGAGGGCUUGUCCAGGAGUACAGAGCCUGGAACUCAGCCUAGAGCGGUUGCUGGAGAUCAUCCCCAUAACAGUCAAAGAAACAGAAAAGCAAAACCAGGUCAUCAAGGUGGCAGCCAUCGGAGUGGGGGGUGACAGCUGCAGAGCUGUUCAGCUCGGGAAUCAUCGGUAAGAAGGCACUGGAUACACUGCACAGCGGGGGGGGGGGGUGGCUGAGGGGCAGGGCCUCCAGCAACUGCAGCACGUGAAGACCUACAGCCGGAAGGCAGCAGCUGUAUUGCAGGGGUGGCCACACCCUCCACCCAG